AUGUUAGUGAAUAAAGUGAUAGGGUUACUGAGCGUUCUCUUCGCAACAAGAUUUACAAAUGCCGUCGAAUUGGAUCUGGACAACUACGAAUCUUUACAAAAUGCUACAUCACUGAUCGCUUAUGGUUUAAUGGACUAUUACACAGGUAAUCAGUAUGGUAAGACAAUCGGUAUGUUUUCAGAUCCAUAUUAUUGGUGGGAAGCCGGUGGUGCCUGGGGCUGUAUGCUGGAUUACUGGUUUUUCAUGGAUAACGACACAUAUAAUGAUGAGAUUAUAGCUGCUAUGAUACAUCAAGCCGGUGAUGAUAAUGACUAUAUUCCACUAAAUCAAUCUACCACUGAAGGUAAUGAUGAUCAAGCCUUUUGGGGUAUUGCUGCUAUGACUGCCGCGGAGAGGAACUUUACUAAUCCUCCUGCGGAUGAUCCUCAAUGGCUAUAUUUAGCGCAAGCUGUUUUCAAUACAAUGGCUUUGCGUUGGGAUGCCGAUUCCUGUGGCGGUGGUCUGAGAUGGCAAAUUUUUGUGUGGAACUCUGGUUAUGAUUACAAGAACACGGUUUCUAACGGUGCCUUAUUCCACAUAGCUGCAAGACUGGCAAGAUAUACAGGUAACCAAACAUAUGUUGACUGGGCCGAAAAGGUUUAUGAGUGGAUGGUUGGUGUAAAUUUAAUUUCUAAUGGUACCUAUAAAUACGUUUACGAUGGUGUCAGUAUUGAUGACAAUUGCACCAAAGUAACCUCAUACCAAUGGUCAUAUAAUCAAGGUUUGCUAUUGGCUGGUUCUGCCUACCUUUACAACUUUACAGGAUCAGACCUCUGGCACACAAGAACGAAGGAGUUUUUGAAUGCUUCCCAAGUGUUUUUCCACGACGGUAUAGUGUAUGAAGCUGCUUGUCAAGGUCCAAAUUCUUGUAAUACAGACCAACGUUCCUUCAAAGCUUAUUUUACUCGUUUCUUAGGUGUCACUGCACAGCUGGUGCCAGAAACUAGGAACCAAAUCAUGUCUUGGUUGAAUACAUCUGCAAUUGCAGCCGCUAAAUCAUGUUCUGGGGGUACCGAUGGUCAUACAUGUGGAUUAAACUGGUUCAAUGGUACAUGGGAUGGCAUGUACGGUCUAGGUGAACAAAUGUCCGCUUUAGAGGUUAUGGUCAACACGAGGGCCUUAGAUAAACCCGCUCCAUACACUGCAGAGAAUGGUGGUUCAUCCGUUGGUGAUGGGGCAGCCGGUACUCAAGCACAACCUACAAAUUUGGCACCCUUGAAUAUUACGAAGGGUUCAAAGGCAGGUGCAGGUAUCAUUACUGCUGUCAUUGGUAUUUCAAUUGUCGCAUGUGCUCUAUGGUUGGUCUUUUGA